AGGCAAUGACUGCUUAUAACAGCCAUGAAGAGGGAAGAUUAGUUUAUCGUUUUGGAGGUGAACCUGUUGGCUCUUUUGUUCAGCCACGUUUGAGGCCUUUGAUGCCAGCUAUUGCUCAUGCACUGUUUAUGGAUAUUACACAUGAUAAUGAAUGUCCAAUUCAGCACCGAUCUGCAUAUGAUGCUCUUCCUAGUGCAAUGAUUGUUUCCAUGGCAUGCUGUGCUACAGGAAGCACCAAAGGCUAUGAUGAACUAGUGCCACACCAGAUCUCUGUAGUAUCUGAGGAGAGAUUUUAUGCAAAAUGGAAUCCAGCAGCACAGCUGACUCGUGGUGAAGUUAAUUUCCAAACAGGAAUUCUAGCAGGAAGGCUGGCCAUAAACAGGCUGCAUCAGGAGCUGGGGGCUAAAGGCUUUAAUCAGGUGUACGUAGAUCAAGUUGAUGAAGAUAUAGUGGCGGUGACAAGACAUUGUCCGAACACACACCAGUCUGUUGUGGCUGUAAGUCGAACUGCUUUCAGGGAUCCUAAAACUUCCUUCUACAGUAAAGAAGUACCCGAAAUGUGUAUCCCAGGAAAAAUAGAAGAAGUAGUACUUGAGGCUAGGACUAUUGAGAGAAGUGCUAGCCCUUACAAAAAAGACGAACGUUUUAUAAAUGGAUUGCCUAAUUUCACAAUGGAACUCAGAGAGCAUAUCCAGAUUAAAGACAGUAAAAUUAUAAAGCAAGCUGGAACUGCCAUAAAAGGGCCAAAUGAAUUUGUUCAAGAAAUAGAAUUUGAAAAAUUAACACCAGGAAGUGUAAUAGUAUUCAGAGUUAGUCUUGACCCAAAGGCACAAGAGGCUGUCGGUGUACUCCGCAAUCAUCUGAUCCAGUUCAGCCCUCAUUUUAAAUCUGGAAGUCUUCCUGAUGAUCAUUCAGCACCUAUAUUAAAAACGUUAUUUUCUUCUAUUGCAUCUAAACUAACUUUGGCUGACCUCAAUCAAGUACUGUAUAGGUGUGAGGCAGAAGAACAAGAAGAUGGUGGAGGUUGUUACAAUAUACCAAACUGGUCACCGCUAAAGUAUGCCGGCCUCCAAGGGUUAAUGUCAGUGAUGGCAGACAUCAGACCAAAGAAUGAUUUGGGUCAUCCAUUUUGUGAUAAUUUAAGAUCGGGAGACUGGAUGAUUGAUUAUGUCAGUAAUCGUCUGAUUUCACGUGCAGGAGCCUGUGCAGAAGUUGGUAAAUGGUUGAAGGCCAUGUUUGUCUACCUAAAGAGAAUUCCACGUUACCUCAUCCCGUGUUACUUUGAUGCCAUAUUAGUGGGUGCCUACACAACGCUUCUGGAUGUGGGAUGGCAUCAGAUGUCUAGCUUUGUGCAGAAUGGAUCAACAUUUGUUAAACACCUUUCCUUGGGUUCAAUCCAGAUGUGUGGGAUAGGAAGAUAUUCUUGUCUGCCAAAUCUGUCUCCUUCCUUACAUGAUGUUCCCUAUAGGCUGAAUGAGAUUACAAAUGAGAAAGAACAGUGUUGUGUUUCUUUGGCAGCUGGUUUACCUCACUUUUCUUCUGGAAUUUUUCGCUCUUGGGGAAGGGAUACCUUUAUUGCACUGAGAGGUCUAAUGUUAGUUACUGGGCGCUACCUAGAAGCAAGAAACAUCAUUUUAGCAUUUGGUGGGACUUUAAGACAUGGUCUCAUUCCCAAUCUGCUUGGCCAGGGGACACAUGCCAGAUACAACUGUCGUGAUGCUGUAUGGUGGUGGCUUCAGUGUAUCCAGGACUACUGUAAAAUUGUUCCAAACGGCUUAGACAUUCUCAGGUGUCCUGUUUCUAGGAUGUACCCAAGAGAUGACUCUUCUCCUCAGCCUGCAGGCACUAUGGAUCAGCCACUUUAUGAAGUAAUACAGGAAGCAAUGCAACGGCACAUGGAAGGCAUAAAUUUCCGAGAAAGGAAUGCUGGUCCGCAGAUAGAUCAAAACAUGAGAGAUGAAGGUUUUAACGUAACUGCGGGUGUUGACCGUGAAACUGGCUUUGUCUAUGGGGGGAACCGCUUCAAUUGUGGCACUUGGAUGGAUAAAAUGGGAGAGAGCGACAGAGCUCGCAACCGGGGAAUUCCUGCUACUCCAAGAGAUGGCUCUGCUGUGGAAAUUGUUGGCCUGUGCAAGUCAGCUGUUCGCUGGUUGCUGGAUUUAUCUGGGAAAAACCUGUUUCCGUUCCGUGGAGUCACUGUAAAAAGACAUGGAAAGGAGGAGACUAUCACAUAUGAUGAGUGGAACAGAAAAAUUCAAGGACACUUUGAAAGGCUGUUCUUUGUCUCUGAGAACCCGGCAGAUCCUAAUGAGAAACAUCCAAAUCUCGUUCACAAGCGUGGAAUUUAUAAGGACAGCUAUGGAGCUUCAAGUCCAUGGUGUGAUUACCAGCUCAGGCCAAAUUUUACAAUAGCAAUGGUUGUGGCGCCUGAGUUAUUCACACCUGAGAGAGCUUGGAAAGCUCUGCAGAUAGCAGAGGAAAAACUGCUUGGUCCAUUGGGCAUGAAAACCUUAGACCCAGAUGAUAUGGUUUACUGUGGAGUAUACGAUAAUGCUCUUGACAAUGACAACUAUAAUGUAGCCAGAGGUUUUAAUUAUCACCAAGGACCUGAAUGGCUGUGGCCAAUUGGAUAUUUUCUGCGUGCCAAACUGUACUUCUCAAAGUUGAUUGGCCCAGAGAUAUAUGCAAAAACUGUAGUUAUGAUUAAGAAUGUUCUUUCUCGCCACUAUGUUCACCUUGAAAGAUCAUCCUGGAAAGGUCUUCCAGAACUGACCAAUGAAAAUGGACAGUAUUGCCCUUUUAGCUGUGAAACUCAGGCCUGGUCGAUUGGUGUUAUCCUUGAAAUCCUGUAUGACUUGUAAAAGUUUCUUUUGAUUGAUUUGAUGAAACUUCUGUGGUCUUAUUAUUGGGCAUAAAUGAACACUUGGCUUACACUGCAAGGGAACUGUCCUGUCCUGCCAAUCACUUAAGCUGUGUCCUGACUUUCAAAGAUGCUGAAUACCAGCAGCUCCUAUGCCCUAUAACUGUGUGGGGCUUG